ACCCAACAUUGAGAUUAUUCAUGGAUGAUAAUAUGUCAUACGAUGAUACUAUAAAUGAUGAACAACAACAUGAAAUUAUUACAAGAUCAAGAAGGGUUGACCCACCAUCUCAUUAUGCAUUCAAAAUUGAUUCUUACUCAGUGUUUUCAGAAAUAGAGAUGAAGAAAUGUGAAUCAGGAGACUUUGAAGUCGAUGGCUACAAGUGGAAAUUAAUUUUAUAUCCAAAUGGGGAUGAAGAAGUGCAAGAUCAUAUUUCUCUCUACUUGGCUAUAUCAGCUAAAGAUAAUCUUCCUCUUGGCUGGGAAGUGAGGGUAAUUUUCAGAUUCUUUAUAUUUGAUCAAAUCAGAGACAACUAUUUAACAAUCCAAGAUGGGAAAAUGAGGAGGUAUUCUAAAAUGAAGAGUGAACAUGGAUUUACCCAAUUGCUUUCUCAUAAUAUUUUCAAUAAAGCCUCCAAUGGCUUCCUUGUGGAUAAUUCUUGUACAUUUGGAGUUGAAAUUUCUGUACUUAAAGCCUCAAACAAAGGAGAGAUUUUAACCAUUUAUAAAGAGCCUCAACAGGACACAUUUUUUUGGAGCAUCUAUUCAUUUUCUGUUAAAAUUAAUGAAUUCUAUAUCUCAGAACCCUUCAAUGUCAAAGGAAGACAAUGGAGAAUGGUGAUAUACCCAAAUGGUCAUUCUCGGGGAAAGACCUCACAUAUCUCUCUUUACUUGAGGUUGGAUAGUUCAGAGACCAUUCCAUUGGGGAAAAAAAUCUAUGCAAAAUUCCUUCUAGGUGUUUACAACUUUGUAGCCAAAAAAUAUAUCGACAAAUCAAAAGAAGUUUGGUUUGCAGCCACAAGCACUGGCAAUGGUUUUCAUGAGUUCUUAUCUCGAAAAGACAUGAGUCCUCAUUUGCAAAAUGAUGUUUUGUAUCUCAAAGCUAGAAUUGUGGCUAUGUCAGCCGUGGAAGAAUUUUAAUAAUGACAUGAUAUAUGUCUUGAGAAUACAUCGAGUUACCAUAUAUUAUAAUUUGUAUAUAAUAUACAAUGUAACUAUACAUUGCACAUGAUAUUGAAUUGUGUUUAAUGUAAUGUUAGUAAAUAAUGGACUUUGAGAAA